AUGGCGAGUUCAAAUCUACGACACGACGGCGAGGAGGCCUUGGCUGGCUCCGCCAAUGAAACCAACUCGGACCCGUGGCUGCACAGUGGACAUAGCUUCGAGGCGGUGGAAAUGACAGCGUCAGCGGACUCGUCAGCGGCACAGUCGCCAUUACAGUCGAAGCAAUCUACAUUUUGGGCUGGUAUGGGCUUAGGGGGCGUGGCGAGGCGGACAUUAGGUGUAUGCUUGCUAUUGCUGACGGUUUUCCUCUGGACGCUGACAAAUUUUCUGGCCAGCUUCAUAUUUUCCGACCAUACAUAUGACAAGCCAUUCUUCCUCGUCUACAUCAAUACCUCCAUCUUUGCAAUUUCACUAAUACCAAUGUUCGCGAAAUACUUGGUCAGGAAAGGCGUACGAGGCAUGCGUCACGACUUGGUUCAAAUGUGGAACGAAUACGGACAACAGAGCUCAUACACGGCAAUUGCACCAGAGGAUGACAGCCUCGACAAUGAGACAUUGAUGGCGGGCAACGAAACGGCUGUAGGGGCCAUCGCCAGGCCCGACGAAACGCUCAGCUUGCGCGAAACAGCGAUUCUCAGUUUGGAAUUUUGCAUGCUUUGGUUCUUUGCCAACUAUUUUGCGUCGGCCUGUUUGGAGUACACUAGCGUGGCGAGCGUUACGAUUCUUGAGUCAACCAGCAGCGUGUGGACAUUGGUCUUUUGCGCACUAUUUCGCGUCGACCCAUUCUCCGUGCGGAAACUCGUCGGCGUCUUCGCCUCGCUCGUCGGGGUGGUUUUGAUUUCGACGGUUGAUUUGUCCGGCAAAAGCGAUGAGGACAGAGGAUCGUUCCCGCACAAGACGCCUGGGCAGGUGGCCAUCGGUGAUUCCAUGGCGCUUCUCAGUGCCGUGAUCUAUGGCAUGUAUAUCACGGUGAUGAAGAGGCGGGUGGGUAACGAGGAUAGAGUUGACAUGCGGCUGUUCUUCGGCCUCGUGGGCCUGUGCAAUUUGGCCUUGUUGUGGCCGUUGUUUUUCAUCCUGCACUGGACGGGUAUUGAGCCUUUCCAAAUGCCCCCGUCUGGCAAGAUAUGGAUCAUUAUCAUUGCCAACUCGCUGGCAUCAUUCGUCAGUGACAUUUCUUGGGCGUUUGCCAUGCUGUUGACCACCCCGCUGGUCGUGACGGUGUCCCAGGCUGCAGUCUGCCAUGAUGACAGCUUUGGAAGCCGUCGCUGCAACCUGCACAGACAAUCGCACAAGCGGCCGAGCACGUGGUGGUGUGGUGGAAGUUCAACCGCCAGUCACCCACCCAUCCAUUCGGGUUCCUCGCCGACAACGCCCACCGCCACAAUCACAAAGUCAUGUAUGCGUAGCACUGCUGGCCGAGCGGAUUGGACAAGCAAGGGACAGUCAUAUUCUGAUGCCAUGCCCUAUUUCGACCGCACCAAGCCGUUGGAUCGCGUCGCAUUGCGUAUUCAGACCGGACGAAAAUGCGAGUGGAGGAGCAGCACCUCUGGCAUCACCGAUGGCACGCGCAUUCCUCGAUCCGCGGAGCCUCAGGUCCGCAAAAGUGGGCAGCAUCAACUCAACGAAGAGGAAGAUGAGGAUGGCAUGAUGAUGGCAUUUGCAGACAUAUCGCACAUGGCAUUCUCUGAUUUCCGUCUCGACCCUUCGUAUUCAUUUCGCCGGGAUCGACCGCUGGCCGAGUCGAUAGCUAUCGCCACGCGAAGUCUUCACGCCAGACUUAACAAGCUGAUCAUUGAAAGGCUUCCAUUAGUUUUGCCCCCACAGGCUGCUGACUCGUUAACAUAUGCUUCUGGCCUGCUGCACAUCGCGCCUAUUUAUGCAACAUUCGAGUCACUGUGGAGUGACAUUGUCCACGGCUCUUUCGAGAAUAGCCGGGAUGAGCGAGAAGGAUCAAAGCCGAACAAAACGAUAGUUUCAAAUGGAACGCGAGAAAUGUUGGGCGUGUUGUACAUUCCCGGCUUGUUGCGUGCGGAGCGGCUCGUUGCGGAUAUUCAGUCCAUGACAGGGUGGAAGGAGGCCGCGACGAGGGAGCAGCUGGAAAUGAUAGGCAAAACGGGUCAUCUUGCCGAAGUUGUAAAACACAUCAAACGCGCCAUCAAGAACAAGCCUCAUGUUCUGCUCGCCUAUUCCUACAUCCUGUACAUGGCCCUCUUUGCCGGAGGGCGAUUUAUACGGGCCACACUUGAGUCAGCGGGCCAGGAGUUUUGGGAUACGACAGCAGCUUCUUGUGCAAUGCUGACUUCACAAUCAAGAUCAAGUAAUGAAGACCUUGUGGACGGGAUGUGCAACGGCCAGACCGGAACGCCGCCCCGCGGCUCCCAUGGCCGCCAGCCGCUUCGCUUCUUCCACUUUGACACCGCUGAGGACGGUGAAGAUUUGAAGCGAGACUAUAAGCGGAAGCUAGCAGAUUGCGACGCGUCGCUCAGCUACCAGGAAAAGCACGACAUUGUACAGGAGGCGAUUUGCAUAUUCGAAAACAUGGUCCUCCUAGUUGCUCAGCUGGACACUGUCGUAGCCACAGGCCCGAUCAGACUACCCGCUGACAGCCCGACAUCUGUCGAAUCCGCCACCGCUACCGUCAAACAAUCGUUGAUACACCCACGCUUCCGGGACAGCGUUGUUGUUGCGAAAGAGCGAAGUGCCAGAGGCGCAAGGGGGUCAUUGAACAAAGAGUCCGGCAUGCCAAGCGGCCGCAGCGACAGCGAAGAAGACCCCAAACCAGGGGAGAACAAGACACCUGCCGCCCACAUGCGUGACGACGCACUGCCCUCCGAACCAGACAAUCAUCCAACCAUGCCGGCAACCACAGAUGUAGAGCUCUGCUCAACGGUAUCAAAAUCCGUGCGGUUCGAAAAAACACUCCCUCAUCCCUCCCGAAGUGACCUCGGCGGCGUGGCAGACUCGGCGGAAGACCUGACAGUAGGCCUGACGGAAAGCCUCAAGAUGGAUUCAAAGCGCCUUCGCCGGGAACACGUCACAAAUUGCGUAUUGGGGGUCGCAAUCGGGACGAUUUUCGUUGGCGCACUCCUCUCCGGUCGCCGGGCCGCAUCGUUGGAGACAAUAUGA